GUGAGUACCAGCUGACUGACCACGUGACUUUGCGGAAGUGUCAACAACAUGAGGGACUUGUAAGCGACAAUGCUCCGCAUUUUUGCCUUAUUCGUGAUCUAUUUGGGCUGUCUGGACAAAGUGCACGUAUGUCAGGCUCACUCCGAUCCCCCCACGGAGCCGAGUGGAGCGAGUUGCGGCUGUGAGAGUUUGAAGAGAGUGGGGCACAGCAUAGCAUCUGAAGAGCCAAGUAUCAAAUAUUCCAGAAGCAGCAAUGAAAUGCAGUCUGAUGCACAAGAAGACCAAAAAAUACUAAGUCAGAUGGUGUUGAUUUCUGGCGGAGAAUUUCUAAUGGGAACAGACAACCCGGGUAUCCCUGCAGAUGGCGAGGGUCCUCAGAGACCUGUCCAUGUGGACGCCUUUUACAUGGACAUUCAGGAAGUCACUAACCGACAGUUCCAGAGCUUUGUAAAUGCCACAGGCUAUGUGACAGAGGCAGAGACAUUUGGGGACUCGUUUGUUUUCGAAGGAAUUCUUAGUAAGACAGUCCAAAGCCAAAUCACACAAGCGGUGGCUGCUGCCCCCUGGUGGCUUCCUGUCAAAGAGGCAAACUGGAGGCAACCUGAGGGUCCAGGCUCCAAUAUCGAAGAUAGGCUGGAUCAUCCUGUUCUUCAUGUAUCCUGGGCAGAUGCCGUUUCCUACUGCACAUGGGCCAACAAGAGGCUUCCAACAGAGGCAGAGUGGGAGUACGCCUGCAGAGGCAAUUUAAAAGACAGACUUUACCCUUGGGGAAACCUCCUGAACCCAAAAGGGCAGCACUAUGCUAACCUCUGGCAGGGGGAGUUCCCUCACCACAAUUCUGCAGAAGAUGGAUAUGUCAAAACCUCACCGGUGAUGUCUUUUCCUCCCAACGGUUUUGGUCUCUAUGACAUGGUGGGCAAUGCGUGGGAAUGGACCUCAGAUUGGUGGACUGUGCAUCACUCUGCCAAACAGCAACAUAAUCCAACAGGUCCUCCAUCAGGCACUGACAAAGUGAAAAAGGGAGGGUCAUAUAUGUGUCACAAGUCAUACUGUUACCGGUACCGCUGUGCAGCACGAAGCCAGAACACUCCUGACAGCUCUGCCUCAAAUCUUGGUUUUCGUUGCGUCUCUCAGGGGUCACGUUGACUUACAUUCAGGCACUGGGUCACAUUAACCCAAUUUUGUUGUUGUUUUUUAUUAUUAUUAUACUCUAGCGUCUGAAAAAUGAAUGUGCUGCUUUACUGCAAAAGCUGACUGAACUCACAAUUUUAUGGAAGUUGUCCCUAUAAUUUUCACGUUAAAAAAUAUUAUACAUUUUUAAACCAGAGUUGUUUUCUGUCUCCCAAAAAUUUAAAGAACAUUACGUUGAUAUGUAAAAAAUAUUGAUAUUAAAUACAAUAAAAGCAUUGUUUGCGAGCUGUCAGUUACCAAUCACCUACUUAGAAAACGGUGAAUCACUGUUUGGCAAAAUGUUUUUAGUGGAUUCAGAUAUAUGGCUGAAAGCAUAGACAAGGUUGAAAAAUCAGUUUCUGCUCUUGCACCGCUCUUUAAAAUAAACUGCUGUAUUUUAA